CCCUAGCGGAGUGUGUAGUAGGUAGAGGUUAGAGGUAGAAUACACAAGUGGAAUCAAAGAUGGCGAACUGAGGGUAGGGCUCGUCACAGCGUUCGAACAUCAGUGUUCCUGGAGGAACUGCGAGGUACUUAGAGCUGACUGAUGGUGAUGGUAGGGGGGUAAUCAGAUCUUGAGCCACUGGGAGUAGAAGAAUCAUACUACAUAUCACUAUACUACUACUACCACUACUAAUAAAAAAAAAGCUAUCGUCUAUUAUGUCAUUCAUCAAAAGAGCGCGUCUAACUUGGUCUUUAAGCCCACUGAGUAAUACCGGGGACCGGAAGUAAUUUAAUUAGGAGCGGCGUGCAGGGGCACGUACUAGCACAAUCGCUCCCACAGCUCUUACAGUCUUAAUACAUAACAUUUAACAUACACCAACGGCUAUCACACACACGUCCUCUAUUUAUAAUAUCCACUCUAGUCAUUAUUUACGGCUACAAAUAAACCCAUAAACUGUAAAUCGCCUCCGUGAAAAAUUCUACCUAAGCUACAGUUUGAAAUCAUCAAAAUCACUUAAAAAAAAAAAAAAAAAAAAAAUUAAUUCUUCAAAUUUGUUAAAUUUAAAAUUACGAAGAAUUAGCUGCGACAGAAGAACCAUUGAAUUAAAUUGAAAAGAGGGUGAAAGCUCUCAUGCUCAGGUACGCCGACAAUAUCGACCUUGUAAUUGCGCCUGCGUGGUAAAAAGCGCGCAAUAAUAAAGUACCUCUCAUAAAUAGAAUUAGUCUUAAAGCUAUCUACAAAAAGCUCCUACAAGUGACCCCGGGAAGAUUUAUAGAAAGAGCUUGUCUUGCUCCAUUCAGUUAUUCAUUCAUGGAUUGAAUUUUCCGAGGCAGGAGAUUCCAACGCCUUGAUCGACCGGGAAUCGUCAAAAAGCUAGACUUAAAGUAAUUUCGACGCUUAGACCCAAUAAAAAGAGUAAAAAUGUCAAUUGGUGAAGAAAUCGGUAAUAAUUCUUUGAAGCUAAUCUAUAAAUAAUGUUAUCGAUUCCCCGGUUCGAUAACGCAACCACUAUUGUGUAACGUUAAAUAUAAUAUAUGAGUAUAAGUAAUACAAAGGAAAGAAGACAAGACCUUAUUAUUGAAAUAAUUUGUGGCGAUAAGCUUCGAUAAAACCUCGCACGUCCACUACACGCUACAUUCUUCGGUAAAUGCGUGUGCCUAGUAGAUGUGUGUGUCAUAUGUGGAUGUGUAUACGCACUGAAUGAUAAGGGACAGACAUAUGGACGGUUUUCCGGGUGUGACUUGUGUCCGCGGUCAGUCGAAGUAGCGAAGCUCGUGCGAUCAGUUUACUUUAAGUAGGUCUCUUUAUUUUUCCUUUUUUUUUUUUUUUUCGUUACAAUUGAUAUUGUUACAUUAUAUUACUUGCAGUGAAGUGAAUUGUAAUUAAAAGAACACAGUGAGAUAAUUAGUUAAAAUUACAAAGCAAUUUCUGCAAAUGUAGCCUUGGAUUGAUAAAAUGUCUUGCUGUGUAUGUACAUGUAUUGAUAAGAGGUCGUUAUGUUUGUUCUUUGUUUGAUAACGCCAGCGUUAAAGUCUCUGGAGCUGCGCAAGUAUAGAUCGAUUAGAUAUAAUAAUAAAAUAUACUUGUGAAAUUUAUUAGUCUGAGAGAAUAUUGAAGAUGACGAACACCCAGGAAAAUGGUAUGCAAGUGUCUGGUGAAGUUCAGGAAGAAGUUCAACUUACAGAGCUUUUGCCGGUUGAGCAGUCAAGAAUUGCCAAAGAUUUUAAGGACUUGGAAGGUACGGACGGGCUUAAGGCAUUAAGAAGUUUUGCGGGAAGUGAAUUUGAGGGGUUCAAAGUUUUUAGGAAGGGCAAGGGUAGUGAUAAAAGCGAGGGAUUAGAAAUUGGAGAUCAAGAAGGGAAGAAGAAUUACAAUUUAAGGAAGAAGAGGAAGCUUGAUUAUCUCAAGGAUGAAGUUUAUUAUUACCAGCAGGAUUCUGAAGGGGAGAGUGAUGACAGUAGCAACCAAAAUGUGUCUAAUAAUGUCAUCAAGGACAUGGCGAACAACUUCAGUGGAAAGGGUGAGAAGAGAAAGAAGGUGAAGGCAGAAGUUCCUAAGAAGAAGGAAAAGGUUUUGGAGAACAAUAAUGAGAGUGAAGCUAGCAAGUCCGAAGACAAAUCUGAGAAGAAGUACUGCUGUUUGAUGUGCGAUGCAAAGUUCAAAGGAAGCGGGGGAUUGAGAAACCAUUGGAAGGUUGUGCAUGCAGACGGCCCGUUUUACAAGUGUGACGAUUGUGGGAAAGAAUUUCCGCUAAAAGAGCGAUUGAAGCUGCACGUUCGCACCCAUACGGGGUUCAAGCCCUACAAGUGCAGCGAGUGUGACAAAAGCUUUGCAAGAGGAGGGCAAUUGGCGCAGCACAGAAGGACUCACAGCCACGCAAAACCUUACCACUGCUCGCUUUGUUCAGGAACUUUCACCUGUGCUGCGAAUCUGGCUUUACAUAUGAAGCGACACAACGGGCAAAAGGACCACAAGUGCGAUAUCUGUGGCCGAGGAUUCAUCAGAAGAGAUGCGCUGAAGAAGCAUCUUGAGUGUUUGCACAAAGAUGUUAAGUCCUUUUUAUGCGUGAUCUGCAACAAGACCUUCAAAGGACACCUGCCUCAGCACAUGAGGACCCACUGCCAGGAGAGACCUCACGGGUGUGCGACCUGUGGUCAGAGAUUUGCACAAAAGUCCCAGCUUACUGUUCAUCAAAGAACCCAUUCUGGACAAAGACCUUUUAGGUGUCUUGUAUGUUGGCAAGCUUUUGCCCAUUCGACUGCUCUUAAGUUACACACUAGGAGGCACACCGGCGAGAGGCCUUUCAAGUGCACCGAGUGCAAUGUUGGAUUCACCCAGUUACCGCACUGGAAGAAGCACAUGAAGUGCAUUCACAAGCGCCUUGAACCCUACAGUUGCAAAAAUUGCAACAGUUUCUUUCGGAUUAAAAAUGACUUGGAGAGCCAUGAGAAGAUGUGCUUGGCUGAAGAAGAUUUGGAGCCUACUGCUGAUGACAAUCAACGGUUUCGGUUGAUGAGCAUCGAGAAGAUGAGGCUGUUGUUGGCUGUUUUGUUGAAGAGGAUAUCCAAACCUGAGAAGCUUGACGAGCUUGGCUUCGGGAAGAGACUUAUUGAUGAAGUUCUUCAGGAUUCUUUGGUUACUGCUGGAAGAGAUCCGGUUGGAGGGGACCUUACGGAGUUGGAAGCUCUGAGGAAAAAUAUUGAGACGUUUUUGGAGUGGACGGUCCCUAGAGAGCAUUGGGAAAACUUCAAGAAACUCAACAAGACCCCGGAAGAAAUCCUUGAGACUCUGACGGCUACCUAACGGAUUGAUGCAUUGCUGAGAAAUAAACUUUUAGUGCCAUCUACCGUCUGCUGGAUAUCCUUGCCAUAUUAUUGUGAUUAUGUUAUAAGUGUUUGCUUUGUACUUUGGAUGCUUGCCAUUUGUUGGAAAAAUUUAUAAGGUUUAAGUGCACUAUUAUUACAUUAAUGAUUAAUUAUUUAAUGCCAAAUUUAUAGCCUUUACGUUGUGUUAUUGAUGGAGGAGUUUAUAUUGUUAAGUAGUUAGAUCACUUUGGCUUUAUAUUUACUUGUGUUAUUAAGUUUUUGGAAACUUAAGUUUAGUUGAUUAUUAUUAUUACUAUUAUUGGAUAGGUGAGUUAUAGAACUGCGAUAGAUAGGUGUAAGUCCAUGUGAACAGACAAUAAUGAUAUUAACUAAUGUAUUAGACACAUGAUUGAUUAUUUAUGAUAUUCUUAGUGAUAUCGUAGGAUCUUAUUGAGUAUAGGAGUUUUGAGGAUAAGGAAGCUUUGGCGAUUAAUCACUGACUGAUAAUGGUACUAAUUUCUUUCACUUCCAAAGAGUUUUACAAAGAUGUUCUUUUUUUACCAAAGUUUGUCCAAUUUUUUAGUUUGUUUAAGAUAUAGAGAGUUACGGAUUUUUGAAAAAUCGUAAUUUUUAAUCAUUAAUUUUAGUUUCUAUUUUAAAAAUGUUUUAUCACGAUAAAAUUGUGAAUGCACAUAGUGAAAAAAAGAUGUAGAAUAUUGAAAAAAUUUAGAGUUUUUUUACUUAGAUCUUUUAUGAAAUGAUUUUUUUUAAUUUUACGGAUAAGUAAAACCUAUUGUCAAGUUUAAUGAAUGCAAAAAAACUUUUUUGUUAUGAUUAUUAAGCAAAAAAUAUAAAUAAAACGGUUUGUAUUGUUAUGGAUCAGAGUCACUGAAUAAAGAUUGAGGUCAUUGAGGGCAUAAUUUGACUUGACGAUAAGGGAAACCUUGUAUCUUUUAAUAUCAUUCAUCGGAUCCGGUACCGUAAAAAAAUUACCAUUUUUGACCGGCGGAUCAAACCAAAAAAUAAUGAUUUUUAGAUAUUGUUCCCUACCGACUAAUUUAGUGCCAUAUUUUGUUUAAUUAAAAAACUAUUUUAAUUUUAUAAUUAUCUUUAUUUUUUAUUCAAUAAAAAACGUUAUAAAUUGUUAACAUUAGCUUGAAUAAAAAUUCUAAAAUAUAUGCUUAUAUCAUGUAAAUUCAUCACAAUCAUUAUAAUAAUAAUUACCUGUAUUAGAUAAAAACACGUAUAAAAUAUUUACUAUAUUUAUAUAAAAAUAUAACCUUACAAAAUUAAUUCACGCUAUUGACCACGAGAUUGACCAACCUUCUUGUAAGUCAAUUGUCGUUGGCUUAAUUUUCAAGUACUGAAAGAUAAAUAAAUAUUAUUAUAAUCUCAUAAA